CACUUUGCCAGGAUGUUUGAUCCUGAUGAAAGCUGGAGGUUGGAAAGUGUCGUCGACGAAGAAUAUAUGAGCGGGUUGGGCCGUCCUCUUCUUGGCUCCCGCUACAAGUCAGGCGAUACUGCAGUAAGGGAAGGUCUGAUAGGAUUUGCAGUUGACAAGCUCAUAAACCGCAAUAUGUCGGACCUUCUCACGCACAAUGACCCGAAUAGAAAAUUGGACAAAGAGCUUACCGACGCUCAGAAGUUUGCAUGUCUAUCUCAGCGCCUCGCGUUGGACUUCAUGUCCACACGAUACAUCAUGAAGGAAGAACAAGAACAAGUAGCAUCGCAUUUGCGCAUCUGUCUCAACAUCGACAACAACUUCAAGAGCAUGAAGACCGCUUCAGCAUCUGAGCCGAUGUUUGCGGAAGCCGCCUACAAAGUCAUGCAACAUUUCAACCCUGUUGCAGCUUUGCUACGCUCCUUGCAAGGUCUUCGCAUUCAUCAAGGCUAUCGCGGAGAACUGAUCGUCCUGUUGCUCCUAACCAUGGCCCGCGACCUUGCCGUCGGACCCUCAAGGCUGGACGGACGGCCUGCCAGUGGUAAAAGUGGUCGUAUAUUCUCUAUGACCGAGUUCAUCCAACAACUCUUCCCGCGCUCGGCUAACACAAUCCUGGACGCUCGCCCCUCACGCGACGACGGGAUGACACACACCUUGCGGAAGCAUAUUGAAGGAUCCGUCGUUCAUUUCAACCAUUUCAUGCAGGUCCAUCAAGGGAGGAUGAUCAGGCGCAGAUUCAUCAUCCGUUCGAUGGCUCGGGGAGCGGCCAUCUUGCCGGGUUCGUCUGAGCCUGGCGUCGACUGCUUGUUCGGGUUUUGUGCGUUUGGCUCCUCGAUGCACAUCGGCAAUGUCGGUAUCUUCAUGUGCCAAGACACGCUCGGUCCACGGUACGCAGACGAACCAGAUUGGAGCUUGCACGAUGCUAUGGAUCCGACGAAGCUCGAGAUGUUUGAAGAGGAAGACGACGGGAUUCAUCGAGGAGCCGACGGGUCUGUCCUUGCACCGGUUCCCGUCAUACGUGUUGUCUUUGCUCUAAACGCGGACGAGUCGGUCGUGGUCGUGAGACCGAACACGGGUGAGGACCCCAAUCCUUUGUUCAGGACGUACGAUAUCUGGUGCGCCGGUAUCAGCAAGGAAGAGCUCGGGCCCGUCAAUUCCGAUAAUUUCGAUAGUUGGAUGGCUCUUCGCAACCGGGCUGAUGCUUGGCGUUCGACUUACGAGGAGCCGGGUGUCCCUGAGGAGCAGCUUGAAUUGCGAUGCAUGUUGACGCCUGGGGCGGCUGCGGAGGAGGCUUUCUUCGCGAACUGGGCGAAGGACCAUAUGGGGAUUGUCUGAUUUGGACGUUGGAUUGGACUUGUAUGGCUGAGAAUUGAUGGAGCUGGAGGAGAGGAUGGCUUUGCAUACGGGCGUAGAGAUCUGGAUUGCGGCAAGGUCACUUACCUCACGGACUCACGGACUCACGGUUUCGGAAUGGACGCAUCACGACCUGAAUAAAAAUUAUCG